AUUUCAAUAGUGCUGAUUCAUAUUCACAGUGCAAAUAGAAAAUAGCGGAAGUCAAACUUGGCUACUUACCAGGUCUUUCUUUUCCAGGUUUACUGCCGAUCAAAAUGGCAAAAGUUAAAGCGAAGGACCUCCGUGGAAAGACGAAGGAAGACCUUCUAAAACAGUUGGAUGAGCUGAAAAAUGAGCUCCAAACUCUCCGGGUUGCCAAGGUUACAGGAGGUGCUGCUGCUAAGCUGGCAAAAAUCUACACGGUGCGCAAGUCCGUGGCCCGUGUCCUCACUGUGAUCAACCAGAAGCAGAAGGAGAACCUGAGGCGUUUCUACCGCCAGAGAUCCCACAAGCCCAAGGACCUGCGUCUGAAGAAGACGCGCGCCAUCCGACGGGCCCUCACUCCCUACGAGCGAUCCAUCAAGAGCAAGAAAGAGAUGAGGAAAAACCGCCUGUACCCUCAGAGGAAAUAUGCUGUUAAAGAAUAAAGCACUGGGUCUAAUUUA